CCACAGUCGCACACUCGCCCGCACGUUUCCUCCUCUAAUCUGCCCACAUUUAGCCAGAUAAUCACCUCUUAGUCCCUGAUGAAGGAAGAGGAGGAGGAGGAGGAGGAGGAGGAGGAGGAGGAGGAGAGAAAGUCUGGAAGUCAGAAGAUCUGGACAGAUCAUUCACUUCUGAACAGUGUACGGUGGAGAGACGGUGGAGGAGCUCGUAGAUUAACCCCUGGCUCUGUUUUGUUCUGGUGGCUGAAGAAUGGCGCAGAAAUCAGAGAGGACGGCCUCCACUGACAGUUCCAAAUCUACCCAAUCAGCUGAUGCAGCCUCUCUAAAGCCAGCCCUCCGGAAGUCCCAGUCAGGAGAAACACCAAAGAAAUCGAAAGCCAAGAAGUCCAACGAAGAAGUGUACACAAACCUGCUCAACACUGUGUUCGGACAGGAACGAGAAUUGUCCCAGCCAGAAUUAGAUGAACUUGCAGAAGCGUUUAAGGAGUUUGACUAUGAUCAGGAUGGAUAUCUGAACUAUAAGGACCUGGCUGAGUGCAUGAGGACUAUGGGCUACAUGCCCACUGAGAUGGAGCUGCUGGAGAUAAUUCAGCAGAUUAAGAUGAGGUUGGGUGGUCUGAUGGACUUUGAUGAUUUUUGUGAGCUGAUGGGGCCGAGGAUGAUGAUGGAAACAGCUCAUAUGCUCGGAAUAAAAGAGCUAAAAAGCUCCUUUAAACAGUUUGAUACAGACGGGGAUGGGAAGAUCACUCCGGAUGAGAUGAAAGAGGCGGUGAAGACUUUACUGGGAGAGAAGCUGAAGAAAGGAGAGCUGGAGGAGAUCCUGAAAGAGAUGGACCUUAAUGGAGACGGCACUGUAGAUUUCGAUGAGUUUGUUAUGAUGCUGUCGGUGCAGUAACCUUCACUACUGACUCCACCUGCCCAACACCACCUGCUGCAGCUCCACCUGUUCACUCAGAAAACGAGGAACCAAGAACCAAUCAGAGAGAAGAAGAGAAUAGUGAACAAAUGGAUUAGAGUAAACAAUACAAGUACAGUAAUGGUGGUAAAGAUAACUGUGUCUUUAGGUAGAGGCUUAGUAAAUUCAACAUACCAGAAAGAUUUAGGGGGUUUAGGAAUUCCAGUAAAACCUUUAGAGGUAAAACAGAAGUACUCAUUGAGUACUGUGUUCAUUUGAUUGUUGCUUCUUAAUCAGUGUUCUGAUUUCUACUGAUUAUGAACUAGGGCUGGACCAUAACUCCAACAUUUAUACUGCAAUAUAUAUUUUUAUUCCGGGUGAUAAGAAAUCCAUCGAUAUGCUUUAAUUUUCCAGCCCUAUAUGAGAUGAUGUUUUCAGGGAGGGAGACACAGAGCUUGUCUUUGUGCUUCAUUAUCUGCAAGACUACAGAGCAGCAGCAACAAAUACUGAAACAGAAAGUUUUAAAUCAUGUUUAACUGUGAAAGAGUUUCAUAUUUUCAGAGAGAUUUUCUAUUUUUCAUAUUUUUACUUUUAGAGAAAAAUAUAAAAAAAUAGUUUUAGGUCAUUAAGGAGCGAGGACUUAAAACCACUAUAAGAAGCAAAGAAGUUCCUCUAUUUUAUUGGAGGGGGCAGUGUAGCAUUUAUCAGUUUACUUUUGUGACAGAAAAUUGGGAGCAAAAAAGAAUAUUUUUGAUAGAGAGUAUAUAAAUACAGCAGGGUUUUAAUUUAUGUCAGGGUUUUAAUUUUAAUUAAUAAGUAGGAAAAGUGUGACAUAAAAUUCCAUAUUCUCUCCUCUGGUUUAUUAUUUUAAACACCAAAAUCCUGGAUUCUCUUCUUUAUUCAUGUGAGGAAUUGAAACAGCCGUUCUGCUCCUGUUCUUAUAGGGUUACUGGUGUAAACUGAUACAGAUGAUCAAAUAAAACCUGUAAAUAUGUGUAAAGAACUGUGUGUGUCCAUGAAGAGGAAUUUAGAAUGUUCUGUAAAUUAUAAUUUUGCUAAUAAAUAAAAAAUCAUUUUAAACUAAA